UGAGCGCAGACCUCAACCAGCAGCCCGCCUGCUUCCUCUGCAGAGGCCACGCCCCCUCCGGCUGACAGAGCAGCUCUCGGCUGUCGCAGCGUCUGCAGCUGGACUUUUGACACGAUGGCGUUCGGCAGAAAGAUGGGCGCCCUGCUGCUGCUGAUGAUGAUGUGGUCGGGAUGCCGGGCUCAGAGCGGAGACGGAGACUCAGAGCUCCGGAUGAGCUGCAGCUCUCACAUCUCCACCAGAGGAUGCAACGUGACCUGCCAGCUGCAGACGGACGCCAGCAGCAGUGAGGAUGAGGAGGAUGAAGAGGGGAACAGCGUUGUGAAGACCUCCAUGUGUUACUCGGAGUGGACCCGCUCUGGGAAGAAGACCAAGUGUGUGGAGGCCGCUGGAGACUCGGUCCACUCCGGAGACCUGAGUCCGGUGGUGCCGGUGAAGGUGACCGUGCUCCUGCAGAGAGGAGGACGCCUCUCCUCCGUGCUGAACCUGACCAAAAUAGUCAAACCGCAGAGUCCUCAGGUGUGGAAUGUCUCCUUCGACCUGGAGACCAACCAGACCGUCAUCUUCAUCAAGACUCCGUACCAGAACGACUUCCUGAGGGUGGAGAACCAGCUGUUCCAGCUGCACAUCUGGACUGCAGGACAGAACCUGAUCCAGAACAUUUCGUCUCAGGACUGUCUCAAGUUCGACAUGAAUCACCUGCAGCGGCGCUCCCAGUACCACGUGAAGGUGCGCUCCAUCCCCUGCGGCGCGUUGAAAGGUAGCUGGAGCGACUGGAGCGAGACGGUCAGCUUCUCCGGUCCUGCAGGUGAGACCAAACCUCCCGGCUUGAAGGAUCCGCUGUGGAGCUCCGACUCACUGCGGCUGCCGCCUCCAGAUCCGCCUGCGGGGCCCGUGGAGCAGCGGUACCAGCUGGUGGUGUGCUCGGUUCUGGUGGUGGUGAUGAUCUGCAGCGCCUUCAUCUUCUGGAGGAAACAAAUCCUGACCUUCAUCUGGCCCAUCAUCCCACAUCCCAAGCAGACUCUGGUCCAGAUCUGCAGACCUCACAAGGGUCUCCUGCUGAGCCUCAAUCCCGAGGAGUUCAGCUCUCUGAACGUGAGCCCGGUGGACCCGGUGGGCCCGGUGGACCCGGCGGGCCCAGUGGACCCAAUGGACCCGGUGGACCCAGUGGACCCAGUGGACCCAAUGGACCCGGUGGACCCGGUGGACCCAGUGGACCAAGCAGCUCCUGAGGAUCAGCUGCUGGCCUCCAGCCCUCAGCCGAGCUCCACUCAGAGCUCCGACUGCAGGAGCACCACCAGCGUCAGCACAGAGGAGCUGGAGAUCUCUGCCUUACCCAGCAGAACCUCCUCUGACAGUGAGGACAGCUGGCAGAACGCCGGCUCCGCCUCCAUCCACCAGGCCGCACAGCAGAACCAGCAGGACACCACCCCGCCAGAGGGGGGCAGCGCAGCCAGCUCUCUGGAGUUCAGAGUGACCCAGCCGGAGGAGGCCUACGUGACCAUGUCCAGCUUCUACAGAACCAAGUAGCUGAACAGAGCCCCCUGGUGGACUCCUGGAGAACUGCUUCCUGGUCAGGAUGUUCACAGGAGAACGUGAAGUCCUGCAGGAACCGCCGACUCCCCGCUGCUCCUCAUUCUUUUCAUCCACUCACCGGAUACUCAGGACUGGCUGAUGGAGGAUUUUCAGAAUAAAAGCCUCAUUUUUACUGUUGCUGUGGAAUGUUAUGUAGCAGAGACGAGGCGAGAUGUUUCCUGCUGCUGCUCUGAGGAGCUUCACCUCCUGCUGACUGCAUAUGAGAACUGGAUUCAGUGGCCCCGCCCCCAAAUCUAAUAGACUUCUAUGCAGAAAUAAACAGCUGUUAUCAGUCGUUCUAUUGGUCAGAAUAACCAUUCUGGUUGUAAUUUCUUUUAACAUCUUCUUGAUGAUUUGAUUUUUUUAAAUACUUUUUCUGUCAUUCAAGUCAUAAACUGACCAAUCAAAUUGUGUCAGCAAAAGUAGGUGGAGCCUGCUGGCCCCCACAUCCAACAUUCAUAAUGUCUGACAGAUUUCAUGUAGCCAAGUGUUGGGGGGGUGGCCUUCCAAUUACCUCACUCCUGGUUGGUGAGAGUGGUUGCCAUAGAAACGGUGACUCAGAACAAUUUGGACCAAUCCCAGGUUACUGACUCCAACAUGGCGGCGUCUGUAUCCAGAAAAAAUGGCAACUGAAUUGUCUUAAUUUUGAUGGGGCCGGAACUAAGCUCUUUCCUGGGUCGGGGGGUGUACACUCAGUCGGUCCAGUUCUCUGGUACAGUCGAUGGUUCUGACCCCAUCACAGGAAGCAUUAUGGAAUCGGCCGCCGUCGCUAUGGAGACCUGAUGCAGUUUGUGGCCCAAUCAGAGAAGAGUGCUGCUACGGUGUGACACAACACAGACCUCAGGUUUCAAACAGGAAUGUUUCAGGACGUGAUAUAAGGGAGACACCCGACAUCAUCACUCUGCUUUUAUGAAACCAUCAAUAAAGUUAUCAAACUGACA